CGUGGUCGAAAAUCGAGUCGAAAGGAUGAAGGGAUGGUUCGACGCGUUCCGUAUCGACGGCGGGCCGACGCUGUACAGCUACAACAACAGAACGCCCGUCACCGGGGACGUUCCUCUGGUGAUCGUCUUCGUGAUAUUUGGCACCAUCUUCACGGCGUUCCUGGUGAUAUUCCCUGGCGUGCGAAAGGAGAGACUCAGUACAUUCCUUACCGUGACCUUGAGCCUCUUCGUCGGAGCGUCGAUCCAAGUGGCGCAGUAUGGUUCAUCCUGGCACACAAGUUCCGCGACCGUGGUCAGCACGUACAGCGCGUACACGAGGCACAAGACCACCGCUGAAAUCGGUGGCUACAUCGGCCUGAUGCACAUAAACAUCACGUACAGACUGUUGCCCAACAACGAGCAUCCAAUGGAGGACAUUGAGUACAACGAGAGAUUCUGGUGGAGAAGCACCGGUGAGAUGACCAGCGCCUUCAAGGAGGCCCUCAAUCAGGGCGCACCGUUUCCUAUAGUUUCUCUGGCAGAAUACUUCAGUCUUCACGACGAGGGCUUCUCCUGGGGGAGCAAGUACCGCCAGGCUGGCUACUAUGCUUCCCUCAUGCUCUGGACAUCUUUCGCCUCCUGGACCAUGACGAACCUGCUGCUGGUAGUAGUACCGCGUUACGGAGCGUAUGGCAUGGUCUUUACCGGGAUAUGCAUGUUAUUGACGAACUUGAUAUACUGGGCGCUUCUACCCUGCGAGCCCCUAAUAGCGCACGUAGACGGCUCGACUCUUGCUUUCAAUCUUGGAUGGAAUUACUGGCUAAUAUUGCUCUCUGGUAUAGGAUGCCUGUUUGCCGGGGCGGUAAUAACGGCAAUUGACAUGAUAUUUCCUCAUCAGUUCUCUACCAUACUCGAGGUCGAUUACGACACCCCGUACGAUAGACACGUUAUCAUAGAGGAGAGCUUUGACACGCGGAACAUAAGACGGAGGAUAUCCAAAAUCGAGGACUCUUUCGGCGAUCGCAUAAUAAGUCAACUAUCGUCGAAGCUGCAGAGCAGACACAUCGCCAAGGAAGACACGCAGGGUGUGAUAAAUCGCGGUUACACGGCGCACGAGUCCUCGGAAUUUCAACACGACGACUCCGCGAAGAGCAAUUGGUCUUACCCGUUCCCAUCGUCCUCGCGGAGGAUUAUCAACGGUUGA